GCGAAGAGACUGAGACAUGUGCUGAGAGAGAGACAGACAGCGCGCUGUGGAGGCAGGACCGCUCGUCUUUAGGUAGGAGAGACAGAAAAUGUCAUUUCGCACUUGUGAGAGCGUCGUCGGUCUGUGAGGAGCAGCAAGUUGUUGACGCGCAGAAGCGACAUUUAAAGCGCCACGGCAUCAACUUUGCGCGUGAUGCGGCGCGUGUGGACUCAGCAUCGCGACUGUGAGAGCGCCACGAGACCGCAACCGAGAUAACUUUCACACGGCAGUUGUAGUCACGGAAGUGUAGGCUACUUUUUCCUCUCACUGACUGCUGAUAAAGAAGACCGAGUCGCUUCAGGUGGCUUCAGAGAGAGGAGACGCACGGACCGCGCGCGCGCGUGUGUGUGGAGUACCAGCAGGAUUUUAGAGCGCGCACGUUCGCCUGAAUGGAUGGUAAAGAUCUGGCCACUUUUUACGAGUCUGAGAAAAGUUUCUGAAAGCCGCUGGAAGAAAGAAUGGAUGCGAAAAGCGAGCGGUAUUGUAGUUUGACACGCAGCGCGAUCGUCAUGGAAACAUCUCAAGCUAUGGAGGUCGAGAUGCUGGACGGAUCCUCCGUGAGAAGUUCAUUCGCUGAGCUUUGACUUUACUUUUAUUCCUUCGCAGAAGAAUGUGAUGCGUGUGAAUAAGACUCACCCACACGUGAUCGUUCUUCUUAAGCGCACCUGCUAUUAUUAACUGAGCUUGUAUUUUCUCCCCGUUUGCGUUGACAUUAUGGACAAGAACUCUAUUGCGUAUCAGAUGGAGUUGACGCUUUUCAUGGUCGUCCUCCUGUUUUGGGUCACCGUGUGUGCGGAUGACAGUAAGAUCAUUUCAGACCGGUAUGCUGUGUACUGGAACAGCACGAAUCCCAGAUUCUUGCAUGGUGAAUACACAGUGGAGGUGGCCAUCAACGAUUACCUGGACAUCUACUGUCCGCACUACGAGGACCAUCUUCCUCAGGAGCGCAUGGAGCGCUACAUCCUUUUCAUGGUCAACUAUGACGGCUACACCACCUGCAACCACCACAUGAAAGGCUUCAAGCGCUGGGAAUGCAACCGCCCAAUGAGUCCGAAUGGGCCCCUCAAGUUCUCAGAGAAGUUCCAGCUGUUCACACCCUUCUCUCUGGGCUUCGAGUUCCGCCCAGGCCACGAAUACUACUACAUCUCCUCACCACACCCCAACCUCGGUGGGAAGCCGUGUUUGAAGCUGAAGGUGUAUGUCAAGCCUACCAAUGACUCUCUGUACGAGUCUCCAGAGCCGUUCCUGACAGAUGACUCCAGCGGUGGUUGGGCAUUAACUCCCAGUCUGUGGCUCAUGCUUCCGCUGCUUCUGCUCCUGUGUCCCUCAUAGCAUUAUCACCCCCUGAUCAUGACCACGCCCACCCAACCUGCUUCGCCCUGCCCCUUCAUGCAUCACAAUGACACGCCACGCCCAUUCAGUUCUGGAGUCCAGUCAACAGACGUUGAUAUGGAUUUUUACCCAGCCUGCAACCCUGCAGGACAGCCGCUAACCAGCCCUCAUUUGCAGUGACACUUAUGCCCCACCCAAAUACCCAAAUUUGGGCAUUCCUGCAUCGGCGCUCUUGCUCGACUGACAAAAGACAUGUGAAUUGGCCAGCUUUUUUGAGAGCGCUCUACUUUUCUGCCAACAUCCCACCAUCAUCCACGUGUCAGGAGACAGAUUCAACCGACUGCCAUCUGAAUCGCUCUGUUUGUCUGUGUUAACCACCUACCUGAGCCUUCACUGUCAUCUGAGCUCAAUUUUCACGUUUCUGAGAGCGUGUGCGAGUGUUGAUGCUUGUGUUUGCGUGUGUGUUUGUGCUCGUUGGUGCGCGUAUGCCGAUGUUCUCAUAUGAACAAAUGUACAGAGCAGUCACAGUCCCUUACAAAAUUACUAGAAAAACUUGUUCCAUUACUCAUUGAGAGAAGAAGACAAUUCUAUCUGUGAAUCUGCCAAAGACACUACUUAAACUUUUUUUAAUAAGAGGAGGGGGACAAAUACUGGCUUUGGUAGGAGAUUACAUGCAACCACGGAACAUUUCAGGCUUUUAGAGUCAUGGGAGGGGAGUGACAGACAACAGUGUAGAUUUUUCUAUUAUUAUCUUUUUUUGUCAUACAAAAAAGAAACAAAAAAACAAGAAUGUUGCAUAGAUUUAAAAAAAAAAUAAAAAAACAUAGCUAAAAAUGGCCUUUUUUCACUGGUGCUUAAUCUGAAAUGAGCUUGUCUGUCUUGAACUGCAAAAAGAUCAUUUUCUUAGUUAUUAUUUUUGACUUGUUUUCUAGUAAAGAUAUUAAAACCUUUGCAAAAUAAGAUAUUUAACAUUGAAUGAUGUUUUAUUUACCCUAUUGGAAAAUUAUGGAGCCCCUGAAGUGACCUUUGUUAAAAAAAAAAAAAAUAAUAAUAAUAAUAAUAAUAAUAAUUUUAAAAAAAAGACAAGAAAGGUUUUCUCUGAAAAUUUCCCAGUUAGAAAAUUAAUAAAACAUUUUCUUGUUUUGUCACACAAUAGAACAACAGUUUUUCUCAUUCAAACAAAACAAAAAAUCUUCUGGUCCGUGUGAAUUAGUUUCAUUGUGUGUAUGAAACAGUUUUUUUUGUAUGCAUGUAUCACUGAAAAAAUAGUGUAGGAUUUACUUUGAAACAAAUUUCACUCAGAAACUGUUAGAAGUCACAAAGUUACAAAAAAACGACAAGCAGAUUUUGAAGUAGAAAGAAUUAAAUGGUUUUUUUUUUUUUUGUUUGUUUGUUUUUAAACAUAAUUUUUUACAAUAUAGAUGCUUUCUGUGCCAAUUUAGGGGCUCCAUAGCAAAUAAUAAUCUUUUUUUGUGUGCUUGUUUGUUUUAGCAUAAAUCUGAUAAAAUAUUAGGUUUGCGUUUAAGAUUUUUUUUUUUUUUUUUUCCAAAAAUAAUAA